UUUUCACAACGGCGUGAUUUCAGAGCUGGGCUGGUCUCUGACAGGUUCAGCUGAAGAGGGACGGGUUGGGACGCACUGUCCUUUUGCCCUUCCCCCUUCGCCAGCAGAAGCUGACUCCGCAGGAGCGAGGGUCGCAGAGCUGGGGGAUUUAAGUCUCGACAUAGUUUUGGAGCCGGACUUUUGAAGAAUGAUUGAUGAAUCCGGAAUGGGUGACAGCGUCAUCACGGCAUUUUAUUGCUGGGAGCAUGAUCUACUUCAUGGGGUUGUUUGAAGAUUAAAUGAGAAAAUAUAAAGGGCUUAGAAGAGUACCUGAAACGUGAUGAAUGCUCAAUAAGUGUUAGCAAUUAUUGCACCAAGUAACAAAUUUGAAGGAAACAUUCUGUACAGACCAUGGAUUCUUAUGAUGUACCAGAAUCAACUCCUAGUGCAUCCUCAAGACCUGAAGAUUACUUUGUAGGUGCCACUCCUCUGCAAAAACGAUUAGAAUCAAUCAGGAAACACACUUCAUUUAUCCCGACUCCACCUCGGAGGAAAGUUCCCCAGUGUUCACAGUUGCAGGAAGAUGUUGACCCUCAAAAGGUUGCAUUCCUUCUGCAUAAACAGUGGACUUUAUAUAGUUUAACUCCCUUAUAUAAAUUCUCCUAUAGUAAUCUCAAAGAAUAUUCUAGACUUCUGAAUGCUUUUAUUGUUGCUGAAAAGCAAAAAGGACUUGCUGUGGAAGUGGGAGAAGACUUCAACAUCAAAGUGAUUUUUUCUACUCUCCUAGGAAUGAAAGGAACACAAAGGGAUCCAGAAGCAUUUCUUGUCCAGAUUCUGUCAAAAUCUCAAUUGCCAUCUGAGAAUAGAGAAGGUAAAGUGUUGUGGACUGGCUGGUUCUGCUGUAUUUUUGGAGACAGUCUUCUGGAGACUGUUUCAGAAGAUUUCACCUGUCUGCCCUUAUUCCUUGCAAAUGGAGCAGAGUCUAACACAGCCAUAAUUGGAACUUGGUUUCAGAAAACCUUUGACUGUUAUUUCAGUCCUUUAACAAUCAAUGCAUUUAAUCUUUCCUGGAUGGCUGCCAUGUGGACUGCAUGCAAAGUGGACCAUUAUGUGGCUACUACUGAAUUUCUUUGGUCUGUACCCUGUAGCCCUCAAAGUCUGGACAUUUCUUAUGCAAUACAUCCAGAGGAUGCAAAAGCUCUAUGGGACAGCAUCCACAAAACACCUGGGGAGGUUACCCAGGAAGAAGUUGACCUAUUCAUGGACUGCCUUUAUUCACAUUUCCAUAGACAUUUCAAGAUUCAUUUAUCAGCCACAAGAUUGGUUCGUGUUUCAACAUCUGUAGCUUCAGCACAUACUGAUGGAAAAAUAAAGAUUCUGUGUCAUAAAUAUCUUAUCGGAGUGUUAGCAUACUUGACAGAACUGGCAGUUUUUCAAAUUGAGUGAAGCCUUAUGUGGACUAUAAGUUAUAGAUUAUAUACUCUUUUUCUUAUUGAUGACUUGCCUAAUUGCUAUGCUGAAAGAGACUGCAGGAGAAAUAGGCAUCUAUCUCUGCAUCUGUUUUCCCCACCAUGCCUUUGGAGUUGCCAAGAUGGAAGCCAAGAAGGAUCUAGAAGUACAAAGAAUAUGGUAGUAGAUGACCCACAGCCAGGUGCCCAUGUACUAAUCAUGAUAACCUGGCAUGCCAAUCUCAAAAUGCUGAGUUAUUAAUUUCUUGUCAUCUUUAAAUAUAUAUUUUUUAUAUAUAUAUAUAUUAUAUAUAUAUAUAUAUAGGCUGGGCUUGGUGACUCACACUUGUAAUUCUAGCACUUUUGGAGGCUGA